AUGAAGCGGUGGCGGAAGAGCAAUGGUUGUCAUUGGAGCUUGCAGAUGUGCUUUGUCCGUUUUUUUCCCGUUGAUACGCUUGGCAUUUUCGGGGGCGACCUGUUCUUAAGGCGCCUCUCGAUAUGGCGGUGGCGCCAUUGUGGCAGCCGCAUGGGAGACCUUCUCAACUAUCGGAACGCCAGGCUGAGCAUGUCGGGCGCGUGCUUCCAUAUUGUGGACGGGCGAGCGCACUCUGCCGCAGAUUGGGCAGGAGGACGUCAAUCCGCCGCUCGCUGGUCGGCAAGGGGUGGCGGCGUUCACGUCGGGAAGAUGUUCCGGCGGAGGCGGAGGCAGGCCGGUCUCCUCGGUGAGAAAGCGGCGCCACCGACACAGAGAGUUCCUUGUGAUCUGCAGGGCGCGUGCGGGCCUGCCGAAGAGCGGGCAGGAGUCGCAUCGCGCCUGUACGGAGUGCCGCAACUCGGGGCACGAUGUCGGGGUGGACGCCAGGAAGAGAGUCCUCGCCACACCGAAGAGCGCCUGUCAUGCGGUGUGCGCGUCUUCCUUUUCCUCCUGGACAUCCCUCCCGUACGGUCGCCUGACUGCGGUGAGGAAGCCCACGUGCCAGGCAUUGGCGCAGUCAUGCGGGAAGGAUCGCGCCAUGACGGCGUCAGCGUCCGCUGUCACGUUGCGUGGGAUUCCGCAGUGCCAUGGGGAAAAUGUGGAGCCAACAGUGCGACCUCGAUCCGCCAGUGA